AUGGCCGUCAAAUCGUUCACACAGCGUCAGGUACUGGCUCACUGCUGCUGCUUAUUGCUGCUGCUGCGUGGAAUGGAAGUAGUCCCACUUUGAGGAAGUAAGUGAGCCAAAGUAACACGGCAGUGAGUGGAGAGAAAGUGAUGUCGCAUAGAGCCGUGUUGGACAUGUUUAAUGUCCGCGUGAGUGCGACGUUCACAAACUUCAUGUAGUACUUUAUGCUAGCUAACGGAGCUAACGGAGCUAACGCCGACGUCUCGACGUGAACUUCUGUCAAGUUGUUUUCGCCGCGAUUAUAAUCCGAGAACCCUGCGUAAUGGAGGAGUGCCGUCGGUGGCUUCGUCGGUGUGGAUGAACAUUGGACACAUCGGCGUGUCGGAGUCACUCCUCUCAAGUGUUUACCUGGAGCUUUGUCGUCGGUUUGUGAGCCUUUUUUCUCCCACUGGCCGCAGCAGCCGCAGCCGCAGCCGCUCGCCAUAAACAAUGUUCCCCGUCAAACCCAUGAAACCAACCUUCAAGUGUUAUCUUCCUCCUGUGCAGACUGAUGUGAAGAAAACUAUUGACCCACCUAUUAAAAAGUUGGAGCCCAAGUUACUCCCAGGGGAGAUCGUUGUUAACGAGGCAAACUUUGUGAGGAAAUGCAUCAGCAGUGAAAGCAGCCAGGACGACCUCUGGGGGAAGUUGAUAUGCACCAACUUUAAAGUCUCCUUCAUCCUUCAGGAUGUGCCAUCAAAACAGAAACCUCCCAUGUCCCACCUCCUGCUUGGAGAGCACGACAUCCCGCUAACCUGUCUGGAACAAGUCGUAACAGUGAAUGAUACAAAGGGCAAGAAGAAAGUCUUGGGGUCAAACCAGAAGCUGAAGUUUAACCCCACCGAGCUCAUCCUGUACUGCAAAGACUUGCGCAUCAUCAGGUUCUGCUUUGGUGAGGCCGGGCCUGAGAGUGCAAAAAAGGUUUGCCUUGCUAUCGCUCACUAUUCCCAUCCAGCUGAUCUCCAUCUUCUCUUUGGCUUUGAGUAUCAAGGACGGCGAUACCAUGAAUCUAAAGAGGAGCGAGUCAACGGUUCGGCCUCUCGAGGAGGUUUUCAGACGCCUAUUUUUGACCGUCCCUCUGACUGGGAUCGGGAGAUCAAGCGGACGGGGGCGUCAGAGUGGAGAGUUUGCUCCAUCAAUGAGAGUUACGCCAUCUCAUCCAGUCUUCCAGAGUUCAUUGUGGUCCCAGUUCCCCUGGCUGAUCAGGAUCUGAAGCGAUACUCCGUGUACUUCACCGGUCAUCGCAUCCCUCUGUGGUGCUGGAAUCACUCCAACGGCAGCGCUCUCGUCCGCAUGGCCAGCAUAAACGAUCCAUUACAGCAGAGGAAGAUUGAACAGAGGGUCUUUACUGCAAUUACAAAGAGCCACCCACAGCGAAGUGAGGUCCACAAGUUUGAGCUGGACAAGAGUCUCCCCAACAUCCAGGACAUCCAGACUGCCUUUGUUAAAGUCCGACACAUCAGCGUCAUCGAUCCUUUUGAGGAGUCAGAGGAGAGGUGGCUCACUUCUGUUGAAAACUCACGAUGGCUUGAGCACGUCAGGGCUUUUUUGAAACAGUCAGCUGAGAUCGUUUACUGCCUGGAUGGAAAGAAUGUUUCUGUCAUUCUCCAAGAGGAAGAAGACCGAGACCUGAACUGUGUCGUGUCCUCGCUGGUGCAGCUCAUGCUGGACCCUCAGUACCGCAGCCUCGCUGGCUUUCAGAGUUUGGUGCAGAAGGAGUGGGUGAUGGCCGGCCAUCGCUUCCUGGACAGAUGCAACCACUUGAAGAAGAACGAGAAAGAAGAGUCCCCACUGUUCAUACUGUUCUUGGACUGCGUGUGGCAGAUGAUGAACCAGUACCCGGCAGCGUUUGAGUUCACAGACGCGUAUCUGACGGUGCUGAGCGACAGCAUGUGGAUUCCACUCUUCAGUACUUUCCUCUUCAAUUCUCCUAAACAACGCACUCAGCACUUAAUGGACUUUGCCAAGAAUAAAGCCAUCCCUCCAGGAGAAGACCAGGUUGUGUUUUUCCCUCCUGUGUGGGACUGGUCACAGCAGUUCUCCACCAAAGACCAAACCCUCUUCAACAACCCCACGUACAUUGGAAAAGGAGCUGCCUGUGUCCAGAAUGGGGAAGUGAAAACCUUCACGCGCACAAAGCAGAAAAGCUACAGCUCCACAAUGCGAGGAACGGCCUCCUCCAUGCGUAACGGAGUGAAGGAGAGGGGAGAGGAGGCCCUGGUCCGGCGGAGCUCUCUGGUGUCCGAGCUGAAGCCGGAUUUCUCUCCGGUGAAAGACGAGAGCCCGUCGGAGCGGUUCUUCAGGGACUGGUUCUCUCAGCCCGCAGACCAGCAGGGCCUCCUCAUCCCGUUGCUCAUGCCCUCACAUGUGGCUCUUUGGAAGCUCUUCUUUCUUCGCUGGGUUCCUGAAGCCUGCAUUCCCAAAGGAGGCCCCAUCACUGCCUAUCACAAGAUUUCCCAACUGGUGGAUGAAAUUGAGAUCCUGCAGAGUCAGCUGAGGCGAUAUAAAGGACCAAGUCCGGGCAACACGCCGCUCCCCAGCCAGAGAGAACCCCCGCUAACCCAGAGGAGGAUGUAUUUCAAGGCUACUUCCCCGACACCACCAGACUACCUUUCCUCGUCCUUUCCUUUCACCCCAGUGGGAAAUCUGUGCCGCCGCAGCGUCUACGGGACUCCCAUCAGCAAGUUCCUGAAUGGUGCCAGGACCUGGCUCUCUACAGAGACUCUUGCUAAUGACGCUGUCUGAGCAUGAGCUCCUGUUUAACAACUAACCAUCUCUUUUUUCUUUGACCUGAUUCGUAAAUACAGAGUAGGAAAAUGAGAAUUAGAAAUUUAAGACUUCUGACUUUUGUUUUUUUACUAUAUUAAGCUAGAAUUGACACUUUUGAUGCUUUUUGUAAACGUUGGUGUCAUCUCUGAGGAGUUCAGACUCACUGAAGCACGCUGUCCUCUGACUGUGAGAGAUGCUGCUCUCACUCUGCCCGGCAUAUUCAUGACCCACACAAAAGAGCUUUGUGACAUUUCUACUUGAAGACAAGGCUAAGAAUUAACUUUGCUUAGACUUUUAUCUGACUCGUGUACAACAUCCAUGCUAAAGUAGAUCCUUCAUGAAUCCGUCAAAUGAAAGAAAGCUCCUUUUUAUUGCAGCAGCAGCAGCAGCAAUGAUGCAUUUCCUACCUUAGGUUGUGCCUUCCCGGAAACUGUUUGUGACAGAGAUGUAAAUUGUUUGUUUUUGGUCAGAAAGAGGAACAGAAAAUGUUACUGCUAAAAAUGAUUCUGCUAUAUGGUAAAAACAAAGAGAACCUGGUCUGGUUGAAUGUAAUGGGGCAUUUUUCUUUUUUCUUUCUUGCACAGACUUAAUGCUAUUUGCUCCAAGUGCCCAUAUUUUAAUGGUUUUAUUGGGUUUUUGUUUGCUGUGUGAUUUCAGGGUCUAACUUUGUAGAUGUACUUUAUUUUUCAAGCAGAGAUGAGGGGCUAUAUUUUAAUAUCCUAAUGUGGGUGAUGCUGGGGGGGGGGGGGGACUUGGAUCUGUGGUAGAUGUUUCCUUUUCUCUUUUGAAGGGGAUUUUAUUAAACUUAACUAGAGGCCUUCUGGUAAGGCCCUGAGGAUAAAGAGAAGGGCUUGGACUCAAACCAGUGCCUAGUUUGGUAUCGAGUGAAUCGAAUGUCCGCCAUUAUGGAUCCAACACAACAGCACAUUAUCUGUAUCUCUGUAGAGUGCUUCUCUGAAAGCAACGACAUCCGCAUCAAAUCAUCUGGACAGUUAGUUCACACGGCUGCUCCUGCUAUUAUUGAAGUCUUUAAAGACUUUUGUUAAAGUCUGAAAACUGUCUGUGGACAUUCACUCGCUGCUUCACUCGGGACUGGUUUGAGACGCGUGUGGGGAAGUUGAUCAGUUAUCCUCCAGAAUGCCUGUUGAAUAACUGGUUAGAAACUAGCACUGUGUAAUGUUCGAUGUCUAACAACUUUGAAUGAUUUGAAGCUCUUUAACUUUGUACAUAAAAGACCACUGGACAGAUGGAACAUCUGUGCUGCUGUCACACAGACCAGCGUCCAGUGAUUCUCAUGAUUCUUUGGCAAUAACUGUUUCAGGUUUUGUUUUUAGUUUUUUAGCAUAAAUGUGUGUAAUGUGAGUGCAAACCUGUUCUCCUAAAUGCUAUUCAUUGCACAUUUUACUCAAUAUAUAUAUAGGAUAGUUUUGUUUUAAGGUGGUUUAUGAAUAUCAUUUUGGCAAAUAUUAUAAAUAUUGUAUAUGCUUGAAAUCUUCCAAUUAAUAUUUUUGAUUAAUGGUACUAAAUAACUUUUAUCCUUGAUUAAGUCUUUAAUUUUAUGGAGAGAUAUUUAUAUACGAUGUGUUUCCACUAAUUCACUCACCGUGUUGCACUCUGCUGUAAAUGUAUGACGACCGUGUUUCAGUGGUCUGACGUGAACUAGCAGCAGAUGUAUUUAUUCAAAUAUGCAAAUGUUCUCUAAGAGGAAAGCGGUUGCUACUGUACACCUCCUGUGCCUUUUUUGGGAAGAUUUACAAUUUCUGCAAUUAUAUGCUAAACUUAGAUGGAUUUUUUUCCCCAAAGCUGUUGAUUUUUUUUAUCAAGUGUAGUUAAAUUCAGCGGUACUGCACUGACGCUUCAUGAUAACAAGGCUCACAUGUGUACCUCUAACCAAUCAAUACAUUAUUUUUCAAAGGACAA